AUGGUUGUCUUCAGCAAGGUCACUGCUGUCCUCGCCGGUCUUUCGGCUGUUGCUUCUGCUAGUCCUCUGGCGACUCCUCGCAAGGGUUUCACCGUUAACCAGGAGACCCGCACUUUGAGCAAGGCCAAGACAGUCAACUUGCCAGGUCUUUAUGCCCAAGCCCUGUCCAAGUAUGGUGCUACUGUUCCCCCUCAUGUCCUUGCUGCUGCUGUCAGCGGCUCCGCUGUGACUACUCCAGAGUCAAGCGAUGUAGAGUACCUGACUCCCGUCAACGUUGGCGGCACCACCUUGAACUUGGACUUCGAUACCGGAUCUGCUGAUCUGUGGGUGUUCUCUUCUGAGCUCACUUCAUCCCAGCAGAGCGGCCACAGCAUCUACAAGCCCAGCAGCAGCGCCACCAAGCUGUCUGGCAGCAGCUGGUCCAUCUCAUACGGCGAUGGCAGCUCUGCCAGCGGUGAUGUCUACAAGGACACUGUCACCGUUGGCGGUGUCAAGGCUACCAGCCAGGCUGUUGAGGCCGCCAGCAAGAUCAGCUCUGAAUUCUUGCAGGAUGUGAACAACGAUGGCCUGCUCGGUCUCGCUUUCAGCUCUAUCAACACUGUCAGCCCCAAGGCACAGACCACCUUCUUUGACACUGUCAAGUCGCAGCUCGAUUCGCCCCUGUUUGCUGUUACCCUGAAGCACAACGCUCCCGGCACCUACGACUUUGGCUACAUUGACAGCUCCAAGUACACUGGCUCUCUGGCCUACGCCAGUGUUGAUAGCUCCGAAGGCUUCUGGUCUUUCACUGCCUCCGGCUACAAGAUUGGCACCACCACUGGCGGAUCCAUCACCGGUAUUGCUGACACUGGUACCACCCUCCUGCUCCUCCCCACCAGCGUUGUCUCUGCCUACUACAAGAAGGUCUCCGGCUCCCAGAACAGCAACAGCUACGGAGGCUACGUUUUCCCCUGCUCCGCUACCCUGCCCGACUUUACCGUGACCAUCAAUGGCUACAACGCCGUUGUUCCCGGUAGUUAUAUCAACUACUCUCCCGUUACUACUGGCAGCUCCACCUGCUACGGUGGUAUCCAGAGCAACUCUGGCAUUGGCUUCUCCAUUUUCGGUGAUAUCUUCCUCAAGAGCCAGUACGUCGUUUUCGACUCUCAAGGCCCCCGUAUUGGCUUCGCUGCCCAGGCAUAG